UAGACAUACAGAUUUACUGUUUCUAAUUUGACCCACAAGCUAUAGAAAGGUAAAUAAGAAUAAAGAAAUCCGUGACAGUCCAAGUGAAAAUGAGGACUGCAACUUCAGCCAGUGGCCAAGAGGAAACUGUGACCGUCAGAAGGAGCGAAUCGGCGGAUGCUGAGGGGAUUGACAGCCUCAUCGGCCCCUCAGCUCUGGCGGUUUUUGGAAGGGUCAAUGUAAUUCAUCUUCUAGAGAAAGCCAAUCUGGCUGUGACUCUGGCCAAUGAAAAGGAUGACGUUCUGGCCCACGCUUCCUUCUUCGAUCACCCUGUUGGAGACUUGGUGGAUCAGGCUCACUGGGAACCUUUCCUGCAGAAACACUUCAGUGUUGAAAAAUGCACUCCUUUGAACACACUCUUCCUCCACCUUUUUGUGGCACAGCGUGAUUUCACCACAGCAAGUGUGAAGGAAAUAAUGAGGGCUGUCUUUAAUGCCGUCUCAGAGCUUGAGUACAUCUGCUUGGUCACCCUAAACGUUGGUGGUUUAGAGCCGGCACUGAAUGAAAUGUUUGAGCCACUGCAGCGUCUAACUGACCCCGGGCCUCAGUGCUUAGCACUCAUCUGCCACAGACAAAAGCACUGUCCAAGGCUUCAUAUCCGCCCAGCCAGGGUUGAAGAUCAUGAUGACAUCAUGCGCCUUUUUGCAGAACAGACAAAACAUCUGUCAGCCGACGAGCCGUACUUCCUGGCAGAGCUCAUUGAGGCACAGAACGAGGAAAAUCACACCGCUGUUUAUGAGAGUGAUGGAGUCGUUGUUGGCUUCAUCAGUGUCACUUCUAAUGUGGAUUUGAAACGGCUUCAUGGCAGCUUUGAGUUGAGUGAGUUGGACGGUUUGGACAACCUACAGCAGAUAAAACACGAUGAGCCUCCUGCUCAGACUGACCCAAGAGACAAUCAAGAAGAAACUAAACAAACACAGUCCUACGAUUCACAGCAGGAGGAAACACAAACAACUGGCGCAGGACAUUUUUCAGAGAAACCCAACGCCGUCUGUAUUCAGUUCUUUGUUAUUGACAAGAAUUAUGAGACGAGAUCAGUGGACAUUAUUCCAUAUAUAUUCAAAUGUUUCUCUGACCAAGACUUCUGCAUCAUCACCGUACCAACGCUGUCCCCUGAGUUCCCUUUGCUGCAGAGCUGCCUCAGGGUGCCACCCUGUGCCACCAGCACACUGCCUCAUGAACUCUACGUCUUCCACCGCACCGGGCUCAGGAGUGUGGAGGUGAGGCCGGCUGUGUCUGCAGACCGGCCGGCUGUCUCUGAUCUGGUGAAGGGUCUGAGAUUGAGCGAGUCCCUGCUGCAGGACCUGGACUGCUUCUGUGAGACCCGCAGAGAACCGGAUGGUAUGGCGCUGCAGGCCUUCGUGGCCCAGGUGCAAUGUCAGGUUGUGGGGAUAGUGAUCAUCAGAGACGAGCAGGACAUCGAGUACAUUCGUGCCCACUACAACAUUGAGAACUUCAUAUAUUUCAGCCAUCACCACAACGAGGAGCACGCUCAGAUACGCCACUUUGUCCUCAUACCCUUCUUCCAGCACUUCACCAAACACUUGUUUAAGGAGGUCCUCCGGCUGGCUCACAAGUCCUGCCUGUUCUACAGAGUCUACCCCUCAUACCACAGCCAGGAGAAUUCCUGCGUCCACCAUCUGGAUUUUGUCCUCAACUGCGCGGUCCCCGUCCGUCCACGACGCCAGAUCAUCUACCCGCUGGAGGAGCUUGGCAUCAAUGCCCCUUCCAGGCAGAUCACCAAGGACCAGGCACCGUUUGCUCUCAGCCUCAUCAGCAGAAAGUUAACCAUGGAGCCAAAGGUCACCAUUAACGCCAGGAUUGUGGUGGUGGGGGCAUCAGACACAGGUUUAUCUUUCCUCGAGGUGCUUUGCUUCUGCCCUCACCUGAGGUUCAACAAUCUGACCCUGAUCUCAACGCACGGUCUCCCCAGCGACUACAACCAUGAGGACGUUGGAUUUCUGUCCACAAGUCAUACUUACAGCAGCAGAGACUUAGCUCAGCUCCCUCUGCAUUCCUGCAUCAACGUGGUGACUGGGAAGAUGGUGGGCAUCAACAGGAAGUCCAAACACGUCCUUGUAUCUGGUUAUGGGAAGGUGCUGUAUGAUCACCUCGUCCUCUGUACGGGCCUGCAGUACCAGGUACCCUGUCCCUCUGGUCUGGAUCUGAGCCAGCCCGUUACAAACAGCCAGCUGCAGGCGCAGUCCAGAUACAUCGAGCCCGUCCCAUCCAACCUCUUCACCCUCAACAACCUCUACGACUGCAUGGCUGCUCGCCGCUGGCUGUGUGCCAACUUCGUGGAGCUGGAGGAUAAUGCCAUCGUCUACGGAAACAGCAUUGAUGUGUUCACCACUGUGGAGACUUUGCUCAGCCUCGGCAUCCAAGGACAUCGUAUCCAUCUAGUCCUCCCACCGUCUGAACCUGGCAUCUCCUGCUUCAGCGACCCUGACGUGGAGAAGACUAUGGCGACAGCCCUGGAGAAGGCAGAGGUCCAGGUCCACCGUAACUGCCUGCUUGCCCAGAUGAACAAUGGAGAACACCCCGAUCCCCUCACAUCUGUGUCAUUCACCACAGAUGCUGAGCCCCUCCAUCUGCAGUGUGGAGUGUUCAUUAAUCUCUCCAAUAAAGGAGUUGACUACAACGCCUUCGAGAGCAUCAACAACUCCUUCCUGGUCUUUGACAGCAGACUUGUCAUAAACACCACUUUCCAGACCAGUGAUUCAUCCAUUUGUGGUGCCGGGCCUCUCACCAAAUUCUCCCGUUGCUACUACGCAGAUGAGUGGUCUCACGCCAACUUCAACUCCAAGGAAGUGGGCCGGGACCUAGCAGCUGUAUUGCUGCCCCUAUUUGACCCGACACUGGAACCCGAGGUCGAGGCUCCAGCUGAAAUGGAUCACCUCAUACCGCAGUACAAACAGGCCAAGAUUCAAGGUGGGAAACUGCCUGGAGGAUACAACUACCUGCACAUUACCAAACCGUCCGCCACCAACCUGACCAGCCCUUCUGUUAAACAUUUACAGGACAGAGGCAUCGUGACAGGACGGGUUGAGACAGGAAACUAUUUCUGUUUGCAUCUUGACCGCUAUGAGCUUGUGGAAGCGCUCACCUGUCUCUCCCUGAAGCCCCUCCCUGUCUCCAAUUACUUGUGUCUGUACGGGAAACACCAGCAGCUGCUGGGCCAGCUGUCCACCCGCUACCACAAGGGCCUGAUCUGCGACUUGUACAGUUUCUUCAGACAGAGCUGGUGUUUGGCCAUUUAUCAUGACAGAUUCUCCGACUUUGAGCAGGAGCUUCAGCAGAACACCUCAACUACAGACGAUGAGUCCAGGCAGCAGCUGAUGGAGGAUGACUCAAAUGUCCUUCCUCGGGACCCAUUUAAAGAUGCUGAGAUUCGAGUAGCUCUGAGGAGCAGCGCUGUGAAAUAUCUGACCUACAACCAAAACCUGCUGCCUAUGUUCGCCUACCCGGGACAGCUGUGACAUCAUAAGUGACGUCACCAGAAACGGAGCUUUUCACAGAAAUGAGCCACUGAUGGACGAGCAACCGGUGAGUGACAUGGACUCAGGAGGAGCAAGGAGACCUGAGUAUUGAUCCCAGACAGACCACAUCUGUUUGGGGUUCUAGCUGCUCAGAGAGUGGUUGAAGGAGCGACCUUGUGAGGGUUUGUUUAUAUUUUCACAGUCAUAUCUGAGGCUACAUAAAACAUCCCACUGUCCCUGCUGUAGUGUCCUUGAGCAAGGUGCCGGACCUCCAUCUGCUCAGACGGCUGUCCCUGACCUCUGAUCCCUCUGCAGAAAUGAGUGGAGCUAUGUUUGUCUCAUGGCAUCUGUUACAGUGAGUCAUGUAUGAUGGAAACAUGCUGUUUCUUAUUAUUGCAUAGCAUAAAAAUUAAAUUGUCACAAGUGA